CGGACUGUUUCCGGCUAGAGGUUCCGGGAGGAGGAGGAAGCUGCGGCCGCCCGCGGUGAGACGCCCGGGCAGCUUAGCCCCGGGGCAUUGCCGUGGGGCGCUCAGUUUUCUACACUGUGGCAAAACAAGCCUAGAGGAGGAACACACGCAGCCCUGGUCAUUGUGGCCUUGCCCUCAAUUCUGUGAAUAUGGCCAACAAGGGGAACAAGAAGCGUCGGCAGUUCUCCCUGGAGGAGAAAAUGAAGGUUGUGGAAGCUGUAGACUCAGGAAAGAGGAAAGGUGAUGUGGCAAAAGAAUUCGGUAUCACUCCUUCUACCUUGUCUACGUUCUUAAAGGAUCGUGCCAAAUUUGAAGAGAAGGUACGGGAGGCAUCUGUAGGACCCCAGCGGAAAAGGAUGAGGAACGCUCUCUAUGAUGACAUUGAUAAGGCUGUUUUUGCUUGGUUUCAAGAAAUCCAUGCCAAAAACAUUCUUGUGACUGGCUCUGUCAUUCGGAAAAAAGCACUGAACUUGGCCAACAUGCUUGGCUAUGACAAUUUUCAAGCAAGUGUGGGCUGGCUGAACAGAUUUAGGGAUCGCCAUGGAAUUGCUUUGAAAGCAGUCUGUAGAGAGGAUAGUGACAGAUUAAUGAAUGGUCUAGGAAUAGAUAAGGUUAACGAGUGGCAUGCAGGGGAAAUUAUAAAACUGAUUGCUGACUACAGCCCAGAUGAUAUCUUUAAUGCUGACGAGACAGGAGUGUUUUUCCAGUUGCUUCCCCAGCACACGCUUGCUGCUAAAGGGGACCAUUGUAGAGGGGGCAAGAAAGCAAAGCAGCGGUUGACAGCACUCUUUUGUUGCAAUGCUUCAGGGACUGAAAAAAUGAGACCAUUGAUUGUUGGUAGGUCAGCCAACCCACACUGUCUCAAGAACGUCCAUUCCCUCCCUUGUGAUUACCGAGCCAACCAGUGGGCAUGGAUGACACAGGAUCUGUUUAACGAGUGGCUGAUGCAAGUGGAUGCCAAGAUGAAGCGGGCAGAACGGCGCAUCCUCCUGCUGAUCGACAACUGCCCCGCUCACAACAUGCUGCCACGCUUGGAGAGGAUCCAAGUGGGGUACCUGCCCUCUAACUGUACUGCUGUCCUGCAGCCACUGAAUCUCGGCAUAAUUCACACCAUGAAAGUGCUGUACCGAAGCCACCUCCUGAAACAGGUCCUCCUCAAGCUCCACAGCAGUGAGGACCAAGAAGAGGUGGACAUCAGGCAGGCCAUCGACAUGAUUGCUGCAGCGUGGUGGUCAGUCAAGCAGUCCACAGUGGUGAGAUGCUGGCAGAAGGCAGGCAUCAUCCCCGUGGAACUGGCAGGUUCUGACGCAGAAGCAGCAGCCAGUGAACCAGAGGUAGCCAUUGAAAAGUUGUGGCGCUCCGUGGCUCUUGCCACCUGUGUCCCCAGUGAAAUAAAUUUCCAGGACUUUGUCACUGCAGAUAAUGAUCUCAUCGUCUCUCAGGAGCUGAUAGAUACAGAGGUCAUCCCGGGCAUGGAGGCUGGUGAAAAUACAGAUGAAGCUGGAAGCGAAGAGGAGGGGGAGGCGUCUUUACCACAGCAGCCAAAAAUCACCAUCACAGAGGCCAUCUCGAGUGUACAGAAACUUAGACAGUUCCUUUCCACUUGUGUAGGUGUUCCUGACGCCAUUUUUGGACAGCUAAAUGGCAUAGAUGAAUAUUUAAUGAGAAAAGUGACACAAACUCUUGUUGACUCCAAAAUUACAGAUUUCCUCCAAACAAAAUAAUGUAGGCAUUAACUGCCUCUUUUAAUUUAGAAAAUAUAGUUUACAAGAAUAAAGUUUUUUUUUUAGAUAGGAUAUUGAACUUAAAUUUUAAGCAAUAUUAUAAUGACAACAUUCCAGUCCUCUGAAAUAAUCAGGGAGCUUCCUUAAAUGGAAUUUGGAAAUGAAAUUUGACUAAUAUGUGCGUUAUCUUUUGAUUAAUCGAAUGGUUUCCAAAGUUGUCUACACCUUAGGAUCUCUUGAGGAUCUUUAAAAAAUUUCUAAAGUCCAGGCCUUAUGCCAGAUGAAUUAAAUCACAAUCUAUGGUGACGGGUCACAGGCAUUAGUAGUUUGUGAAACGGCCCAGGUGAUUCCAAUGUACAGAAAAGUGUGGGAAUUACUGGAUUGACCACAGGAAAAUCAAGCACACUGUGGGUCUGGAGCCAACUUCUUCCCAUAAGGCUAGCUCAGUGGCUUCCAAAUGUUAGCUCACUUCAGAAUCACUUGGAAGGCUUGGUAAAACCCAGAUUGCUGGGCCCCAUCUCCAGUUUUCUGAUUCAGUGAGUCUUAGGUGGGGCCCCCAAAUUUGCAUUUCUAACAAGUUCCCAGGUCAUGCUGAUGCUAAUGUGGUUCAGGAUCCUUACUUUGAGAACCAGUGGUCUAGCUGGAUUCUAGUACUUCUCUCUUCGGCUGGCCAUCUGAAUACUCCCACUCACUAAUGAAA